AGUAAGGAGGAAGCCAUACACCGGAGUUGGCGAAAGUGUUCAUAUUGGAAUAUUCCAAAUAGAAUAGUUCGUUAUCGCGGUAUAAGGGCCCCAUCACGAAAGUUUGUCGACUAUAUAAGCAACCGAAAAUCUCUUGUUCAUUCACCAACUUCCAAAGUGUUUCACUUUCAGCUUAAUUACUUUCGUUAAGUAUGAAAGGAUCGGCUCUCUUUCUUGUAUUCUCUGCGAUUUGUUUGGCAGUGAAUGCUACUUCUCAUCCAUCUUUAAGUGAUCCUCUAUUCACAAAGACGAAAUAUUUCAAGUUAUCUUUAAUCUGCGAUAAGGCAUGCUACCUUACCUUGAAAUUGAGGGGAAAUGUUGAAGAUGUUAUACGCGACCUUGUUGACAAUGAAGUGAAACCAAGACUUGGUCGUUUGAAUGUAAAAACUUUUCUCGUUCAAUUGGAACUGUGGGACAAAGCCAACGAGUUUUAUUAUAUAGAAAGCGGUAGCGAUUACCUAUCACAAUUGAAAGUUUAUCGUGAACAACAUUUAAUACCUAAAGUAUGGAGUGACGCUACAAUAGCAAUUACUGGAUAUCGUUUUAAGGGAGAUUUUAGUUCCGCUUUUCCCAAUUCUGUUUGUUCUCCUCGUAUAGCAAUCGGUUACGUUAAAAUAGAUACUUCUUCAUCAAUUAGAACAAUUGGAUCAUAUAUAGCACAUGAACUUGGUCACAUUUUUGGGCUUGACCACGACUACGAACCCUCAAGUAUUCCGGAUUCUCAAUCGUGUUGUCCAUUCGGAAAAUCGAAUUGUAUUAUGAAUCCUUCAAUUACUUCAACUGGGUUGGAAAAUGGCGCCUGGAGCACAUGUAGUACUGAUAAAUUUGUCAAAGAUCUUCAAAAACCAUCUAGAAAGUGUUUGUGGAUUAAACCAACAGUUGUUCAAGAUAGUUAUUGCGGUGAUGGAGUCAUCGAUGCAGGAGAAGAAUGCGACUGUGGAAAUUUCGGUAUGGGCUUUUGUAGCAACUGCUGCGAUACCAAAGAAUGUAAACUCAAGGAGAAUGCCCAAUGUACAGAAGGUGAUUGUUGCAAUGAUCAAUGUCAAUUCAUUUCUGCCGGUCAAGUCUGUAGAAAUUCAACCAACAGUUGUGAUGUUGAAGAUAAAUGCUCAGGAAGUAAUUCAGAAUGCCCAAAUGAAGUUAAGACUGACGGAACAGAAUGCAUUGAUACAGUUUCCGUGGAAGGAUAUUGUCUGAAAGGGUCAUGUAUGACUUUGCAAAACGAAUGUGAAACUCAUUGGACAAAAGACUUUAAAGCAUCCGAUAAUUGCGCAAGAGAGUCCUUAUUGGUUGGGGAUGAAUUUUACAACUGCGGUAUGAAUGGUACCAUUAUUAAAACGUGUACGGAGGAAAACUAUAAAUGUGGUCGUCUUGUUUGCUCAUAUACUAAAGGAAAUUACAGAGAUGCUGUUGAUACUAUUCUGAAUCCAUUGUAUCGUAAUAUUGAAGGAGAAUCGUGCUUGGUUCUCGACAAAUCAGCAUGGCUAGGUGGUGGAUGGCAAAUGGUAUCUGAUGGUGUUAAAUGUGGAGAUAACAAGGCCUGCUAUAAAACAGAUUGUGUUGAUAAAUCUCAGGCAUUUGCUUCAAUUCAAAGUCAAGCGGUAGCACAGAAAACGUCCUUAUGUGGAAAUGGAAUUAUUGAAGAUGGAGAACAGUGCGAUUGCGGAGCAAAACAAUGCGGUUGUUGUGACGACUCUUGUCAAUUAAUGGCUCAUGGAACAACUUGUAGAAGUGAAUCUUGUCGCGAAUGCAAUGGUUUAUCCCAAAGUUGCAGCGGAUCAUACAAAAGCUCUCUCACCAAAUGUGAUGGCGAUGAGGGUUAUUGUGUUAAAUAUACAACAGGCAUUUCGGAAUGUAUAUCUCAUCAAACCAGCUGUAAAGCUCUCUUUGGCGAACUGUCUGAUGUAGAUAGAGGGAGCAUGACGCUUAAUAAUCAAAACAACGAUUUCUUCAAUGUAGGAGGUAUUUAUUUGACCAAUAAAAGCUCCAUGGUCGUAGUAUAUAGGGAAAUACCAAAUGUGGCCAGAUCCCCCGAAUGUGGAAGUUUGAAAUGUAGAGUUCCCUCAGGUUCAAACGCCCGAAUACCCGGUUUUUCUGCUCUAUCGACUGCUAUUGAGAGCAGCCCUGACAAUGAAGGAAGAGUAACUAAAGUUGCUCGAUUUACUCACACGACCCAUCCGUACUAUACAUAUGCCAAUUACUACGUCAUGUAUAUGUACCUAGCUAGGACAGGAACACCCUGCAAAACACUAAACACUCAGCAGCCUGGAUACUGCUAUUCCAACUACAAGAGAGCGGCAACGUACCUUCCAAAGUAUUAUCCAACUAGUGUUUGUAUUGCAGUUUAACAUCAAUAAUUAUAGAGAUAUUUCGGUUGAAUACAAACUUAUCAUAGAAAGUCAAAACAAA